AUGGGCUUUGACUUUGAGAACGUGGUCAAGGCGCACCACUUCGUCACGUGGGGCGCGGCGGGCGUAUCGCGGCCCGAGGGCAACGGCGUGGCCGACGCGCGCCACAUCAGCUUCAACGGCAGCUUCACUGUGCCCUUCUUUGAUGUCGCCAGCUCCAGCGGCGGCAACUCGCUGGUGGCGUCCGGCAACGGGAGCGGCGGCACGUCGGCGGCAGCCGCAAGCAAGCGGAUGGUGGAGACAUGGAUCCUUCAGGAGUACUGUGAUGGGGGCACGCUGCAGGACGCUGUAUUUGAGAAGGGCAGCGGCGCGUUUUUCAACACGCAGAUGGUGCCGCAGAUGGGCGUGAUGCUGCACAUGUUGCUGGGUGUCGCGCGCGGGAUGGAGUGGCUCCACGCGCGCAACGUGCUGCACGGGGACCUCAAGGCAGCGAACGUGCUGCUCAAGUCCCCAGACGGCGGCCGCGGCGCCGCCGCGAGCUUCAGCGGCAGCCACAGCGGCGCGGCCAGCCAGAGGCUGGGCGGCGGCCCUGGCGCGGCAGAGGCGGCGCGUGCGGCGGUGGCGGAGUCUGUGAUGGCGAUGGUGCCAAAGGUGGCGGACUUUGGCCUGUCCAGGAUUAUGGGCGAGGGCGCCACGCACCUGUCGACCCACACCCUGGGAACCAUCACGCACCAGUGCCCCGAGCUCAUCCGGACCGGCCGCCUGUCGAAGCCCGCGGACGCCUUCUCCUUCGGCGUCGUCAUGUGGGAGGUGAUCAUGGCAGCCAACCCCUGGGGCGGCAAGAUGAUGGGGGAGAUUGUCACAGCGGUCAUGGAGGGCAGGCGGUUGACGUUUGGACCCGCGGCACCACAGGCGUACGUGGAGCUGGCCAAGGACUGCAUGCGCGGCGUGUCGGAGCGCCGCCCCACGUUUGACCAGAUCGUGGCGCGCCUCCAGGCCAUGCUGGGGCAGCAGGACGAGCUGCAAGCAGAGGCCGAGGCUGGCGCAGCGAACGCCGCGGCCGCGGCCGCUGCGCAGGAGACGCCCGUGGCAGAGGACGGCUGGCGGCGCGUCGCUUGA